CGCUGACGUCAUCUGACGCUGCAGUCACGUCCUCCUCGAGCGUCCCAGAGUCCCCAUGGACGACCUGACCCAGGCGCUCUCGGCCAGCUUCGCUGUGUCCAGCGAGCCCAACAGCACGGCCUGCCCUCACCCCCGGCUGGCUCAGUACAAGAGCAAGUACAGCGUGCUGGAGCAGAGCGAGCGGCGGCGGCGCUUCCUGGAGCUGCAGAAGAGUAAAAGGUUAAACUACGUCAACCACGCACGGCGCCUGGCCAAUGGGGACUGGACGGGGACGGACAGCGACGGGGAGGACGGCAUGGAGAAGGAGGAGGAGGGGGAGCGGCCGCCAGACACCGACGCCACCGCAGAGGAGGAGGAGGAGGAGGGGAUGGAGAUCGAGAGGAGGAAGCUGCCAAAACAUUAUGCAAACCAGCUCAUGCUGUCAGAGUGGCUGGUGGACGUCCCGUCAGAGCUGGAAGCCGAUUGGCUGAUGGUGGUCUGUCCCGUGGGGAAGAGAUCGCUCAUCGUCGCCUCCAAGGGCUCCACCGCAGCGUACACUAAAAGCGGCUAUUGUGUGAACCGCUUCCCCUCCCUCCUGCCCGGCGGGAACAGACACAACUCGGCCAUGGGAAAAGACUACACCAUCUUGGACUGCAUCUACAGCGAGGUGGACAGGACGUACUUCAUCCUGGACGUCAUGUGCUGGCGAGGCCACCCGGUCUACGACUGCCCGACGGAGUUCCGUUUCUACUGGCUCCAGUCCAAAGUGGAGGAGACCGAGGGGCUGUCGGAGACCGCCAAGCGCAAUCCCUUUCGAUUUGUGAGGCUCCCGAACUCGGACUGCACGGCGGACUCGAUCCGGAAGGCUCUGACGGCGGAGUACAGCUUCAGCGUGGACGGCCUCCUCUUCUACCACCGGCAGACCCACUACACGCCGGGCAGCACGCCGCUGGUGGGCUGGCUCCGCCCCUACAUGGUGGGCGACAUCCUGGGGCUGGAGGUGCCGGCGGGGCCGCUCACCAGCAAGCCGCAGUACGCCGGCCACCAGCUGCAGCAGAUCCUGGAGCACAAGAAGGCGUCCAGCGAGGUGCGGCCGGCCAGCCGCGGCGGCGGCUACGAGCUGGAGUACCUGUCCACCCCGGUGCAGGGCGGCGAGGGCUCGCCCACCUUCCUGAACCAGGAGCCCAUCCGCGAGGCGCACAUGGAGAACUGAGUGGGCCAGGACCGCGAGCAGAUCGCCAAGUCAGAGUCUCAGCCCACAUAUGGCUCUUUAGAACGGCUGCUGAAUGCUGCUGCACGUCCCACCAAUGGCAAAGCAUGGCUAAUUCUAAUCCGGCGCCGCUGCGGACGCCCUCGGAGUGCAGAUUAGCAGAGCUAUGCCGUGGUUUUAUGUGGCUACAUAAAACAUCCAGUCUAACAUUUUUACAUGUUGCAGCUGCAGCAGAGCCAGAAAACGUGAGCGGGAUUUUACCGUGAGCACUCCUUCCUUCAUCCCUCGUUCUGAACACCGCGUUACAAAUAAAGGGAGGAGGAGGAAACCUGACGUGAAACACGGAACCAAGUGUCAUUUUGCUUCAUCCUCACUGUCAUCAGACGUUCCUUCAGCUGCUGGGCAGGUCGUACAGAGGAGCAGGAGCACUGCCGGCUCUCUUUUACCUGUUCAACUUUUAAAGAUGUUUUAAAAUGCAUGUUUCUAAUAAAUAGUUCUUUUUUUACUGA